AGACUUAAGGCGACAGGGUGCCUACGUAGGUAAGCGCGCGUGAACGCCUGUCAUCCACUACAGCAUGCACGGGAACUCUGUUCGGUGCAAAUUGCUCUUUGGUCGUGAAUUACACUAAGACUAGGUACGAGGCUCUUUUAGAAGUUGAAAUUGAGCCUGUUUGAGUUAAAAGAGCGCCAAAAAGUGAUAGUUUCGGGUUUCAAAUUUGGGCGUUUCUGGGUAAUAUUUAGGGUGUUAAUUUACUGUAAGUACAGGAUUGGACCGUUCUGUUCUAUUUGGCUGUUUUCUUAAUCCACUACGCGAUCUUAAGGGUCUUGGUACACACUUUUUGUUUUAUGAUUUUACGACUUUGGAAUGCUGGAUAGCACGAAUUCCCAGCGAUACUUUGUUCCCAUCGAAAUUCGUCCUCUCCCUCAUUUGGAUUUCCAAGCAGGAUAUAAUGGCGUUCCAGCAACUUCACCUCGAAUUGUGGGUCUUGUAAAUGUUCGGAGCAAGGAAAUGCUGCAGCCUUUGUCGGUCGAAUGUGUCAGUAUUGAGUUUCGACAGGAGGAGAUAAUCACCUUUCCUUCCCUUGGCCUUGGAACGCAAAUUAAUAACGAAAGAUGUAUCGCUUCGAAAACACUUUUUCCACCACCUCCUGGAACAGCAGUGUUCGGUCAGUCAAAGGAGUCCUUGUGUGAAACACCGACUGAAGCUGGUAUUCCAAACAGUCUAAAUCCUUCUCGAACACAAUCACAGUCACAGGUUCAUGACAUUGUAAAGUCGUAUGGAGGACCCGUUGUAGACAACGAAAUUGCAUUACGUUCUCAAAGCCAGUUUCCGCGACCUUGUACAUCUGCUAGUUCAUCGAUAUCUACCGAUUACGUGAACUCGCCUUCUGAUAUCUUCAACAAUGCUCUCCCGUCUUCCUUCACUAGGCCGGCAAAAGUCUGGUCAAUGGAUCUUCCCUUUGAGCUGGAAUUACCUAAAAAUGAAAAUUUACCAGCGUCAUUUGAAUUGGCACAUUCCGGUACCAGCGUUUGCACCAAAUACUUUCUUCGAGCAACCCUAUGUCUUUGUGGGAUUUCACCAAUCUCCAUCAGUGUCCCUGUAAAGCUCGAUCGUUUCGAUAUGCUUUCGUCAUGGGGCAUGUUUAAUAAGGCAAUCACCUUGAAGGAAGAAAGUUCCGAUGGCUUGGUGUCUGUAGAUGUAUCUAUACCAAAAUCUUGCAUUGUUCCGCUGGAUUUGGUAACUGUGUUUCUAUCGAUUGUGCCCCUCUCGGCACAUCAUAUCCGUGUUCAACGGGUUUCGCUAGUUCUGCUCGAACAACUGAUGAUUAAUGUUCCAAAGGACAUGAAGGUAAUUCGCCGACGGAAGGUGUUACAGCACGAAGAAGACUUGGUUGACCAAAAACUUGCGAACGAAGGACUUUCUCUGACGUUGUCAUGCUUGUUUGAAGGUCGUUCGCAACAAUCGAGCACAUUAUUCACUACUUGUUCCGAACAAUACAGGGUGGAUUAUUUGCUGAUUGUAAAAGUUGAGCUGUUCCGUGCCCGUGAUGUUGAAAUUAUACAUCCUGUGGUCGUUUCGUCAGUCGAACGAACAAGAAGUGGAGCUUUGCUCAACGAUAUUCAAUCGAGAGUUUUAGAGGUGCGGCAAAGCUCAAACGCCACUGUCCUUGACGGAAGCAUAGUAGUGAUUCCUGCGUCCUGUUCCGUUCAAAACAAGUUUUUUCAUUAUGUUGACGGUCAUCCAACUCUUAUGGAGUAAUGACGAUCAUGCACUCUGACCCUCACAGUACUUUUGAAUAGUAUUUAACGAUCUCGACUUGUUUCGGCGCGGGUCGUCAUGCUCAUAAUGACCGUAAACGGACUGUUUACAUAUACUUCUACUCUAUGAUGCACUUAAUUCCGUUCGCUGGUGGACGUUGAUGUCAGUCCCGUCCUCUCAUUCCUUUAUAAUCGCGCUCUUGUUCCAUCUAAAAGAGGCGUGUAUCAAUUGAAUUUGGCAUAUUGCGGGUUCACUUGUUUAUGAGUAAAACUACAUGAUUAACGAUAAUAUCUAGUCUCUCUUUUAUUAACUUUGCAUAAGAAUACUAUCGCAUAACUUAAUGUGAUCUUCUGUUUACAUCUUAAUCCCUCAACCCAUAAAAUAAUUGAAAGAGCCUUUUUAAUAUGAUGACACCCAUG